GCAUGACAGUAGCCGAGCCAUCUGAUAAAUGCAUCAAAAAUACACUGCAUGGCGAGUGUAGUGAUUUUGCUUAGUGGUUUUUAUUCCACAUCUCUAGCUAAAUCACCAAACCCACAUUCCUCUGGUGGGUCCAGCAUGUUUCUUGUAAACGGGUUCCACUCGCCACUAAUUUCCAGUCUCUGGAGCGCUUCCGACCACAACACAAACACGGGGGAACAGAGGUGGAUGCCAUCACAUCACUCAAGGUGUCAAAUUCUGCUGUGGAUGUAGAGUGAAAGAGAGUAGCUUGCUCUUUCCUUUAGCCAUACACCAUGAAGUGUAUGAAAUUUGACUUUACUGCCAGUGUAGCAAGCCUCACUAUAAAAUAUAUGAUUUUAAAUUUUUUAGUGUGUUACUGUCCUAAACUUCUUGAGGGGUAAACCAGUUUUGAUUUGUUAUAGUGUGCAGAAGUACUGCAGGAAUGAUGUAUUUUUAUAGCCCGACCCAGAGGUUAGGUUCCCUCAACAUCCACUGGCUUUUGGAUUAUUGUAGAAAAAAAGCUCUGUGUCCAACAAAAGUGUAUGGAUUCUUACAGGUUUUGUCCAUUAAGAGAAUCUUCACAAAUGAACACAACUUUUAUGAAGCCUAAAUACAAGAGAUAAAAAAAAAAAAAAUCUAAACUUAGGCUAUAAACAAACUUCAGCACAGUUGCUUAGUUUCACCACAACUAAGCCUUCAACAGAUCAUUGAAAUUAUUUAAAAUCUACAAGUUUGAGGAGAAUAGUUUGCAAAAGCGAGAGUAACAAGUGUGUAAAAGCAGACUAGUGAGUAUGUGAGUGUACCUGUUUGGUCUGAUGACUUUUAAUGUCAGCCUCUAUGGUUUUGCUAUCAGAUAUGUCAGUGCUUAAAAAAACACAAGUGGGGUUUCACAAUGUGAAAUAUCCUGAGCUUGUGUUAACCACAGUUUUUUUUCCGCAGACAUUUAACCAAAAGCCCAUUCAAAAAAAUAAAAAAUAAAAAUAAAAUUAUGUCAACUAAUUUCAAGGAAUAUGAGCUGUAACUGCACUUUUUCCAGGUGUCUGACUUUGGACACACAUGAUGAUUAAUGUUUCUUCAUGUGCAGUAGAUGAUAUAGAUCAAUGAAAUGGUGACAAUGAAAAAUGUGUCACAGCUCUGGUCCGAUAAGAGUCAAACAAUGCAGCAAAACAUGGAAAAGUGGAAAUAAUAAAAAUGCUUACCAUACUUACCAUACUAGAUUUUGGGGAUAUAAUAGGCCUAUUGCUGUUAAUGUCAAAUCUGUCUGUAAUGUCGAACUUCAGAGAUUUUAAUAGUUUAGUUUGUCUGUCACCUGGUAGAAGUAGCCGAAUUAGGUAGUAGCUGAAAUAUUUAAAGCAUGGACGGAUUGCAUGAUAUUCUAUCCCUAUGAAAAAAUAGCAAAAAGCUUCCUAAUUUUUGCCACUUUAUUGCAUCACCGAAGUGAAAUCUUCCCUGAAACAAAUCCAGUUGAGAACCACUAAUAUAGACGCGGUAGAUUUAUCAGUACAUGAUGUGAGAACAGCAGGUGUUUCAUACCGGUGGUACAGUGUGAAUGUGCUGGUUGCUAAUUUUCAACAGUGUUGCCUUGUUUGUGUGAGCGUGUGUGUGUAAGCUGUGAUUUGAGGCUGACGCCGCAAAAUUUGCUGCAGUGAGGAUGGAAAGACACAGAACUGAUGAGAGAGAGCGAGAGGGAGAAAGUGUGAAAGCUGAAAGCAGCUGCAUCCUCUUGUCCUGACUCUCUGUGAACUCCUGUGUUAGGUGUGUGUGUGUGUGUGCGCGCGUCUGUGCUCAGAGUAUGACGCCGUCCACGAGGGAAAAUGCACAUUCCUGACUUGUCAUUUAUUCAGCACAGACAACUUUAGGAGCAGAGGAUCGGCAAACAGGGUGUGUGUGUGUUAUUGGACUCUACAGUGAUGCGCUGGAGGAGGCGGAGGUCUCCGGGACAGGGCAGGCAGGGGGAAACGAGGGGAUCGGAGGCAGCGUUCACCAUGCCCUUCUUCAGAGCCGCCACCAACUUGGACUCGGAGAGCAAACGAACGGCCCACUUCCAAUCGUCAUGGCAACAGCAUGUGAAUGUGUUCGGCUCGUGGAGUAGGCCGGAGUGUGUGCAGGAACUGCACCAGGAGGCUCAGCUGAACCUACAGAGUCUGCUGCAAGAUUUUGAAGAGCAGUUGUAUGAUAACAGAGUGACAGGACAGACAUUCAGACACCCUUCCUCUCAGAGCUCAGAGGACACAUCAACCACCCUCAGCCGAUCCCCUUCCUCACUUAACAACAAGAAGACGGAGUUUGUCUUUGUGCCUGCAAAUAAGCAGGUGUGUGAGGAUGAGACCACAACAUUAGGGGUCCGGGCGCAGGACCCGACCCCCUGUGGUUCAGAGAAGUCACUUCUAGGCUGGAAUGCAUCACUGAGUCCACCUGUUGCAGAGAAACCUCGCUGGUACCUGGGCCGACAUACUCCAGCUCACCUUGUACCCAUUGAGAUCACAGGCCAGUGCUUUGAUAAGCACUCCGCACAGCGCAGCGAACUGCGGGCCGCCUUUAGAACUGAUUCAGCGGUCAACCCAAAGACCGUUCGCCGCCCGAGGAGUGUGGUUGCAGGCCCUGAUGUCACGCUGCACUGCCAAGGUGACAGCAAAAUUCUUGCUGUUGAUCUAAUACAAGGUGCCUGUUCCCCUGGAUCCUCUCAACCCAGAUCUUUGGAGCCAACCACCGAGAACACAGGCCAACAGCAUAUUCCCCUUCGGAAGACCCGGAGUGACCUGGAGUACAGUGUCCCCCCAUCCCCAAAGACCCCAUCAGGCAUGAUGGAUCAUGCAACUCUGAUGUGCCCAAGCCCCUCCUGGAACGGUCCAAAAGGUUCUACUUUUUCUCCUUCCUGGAAUGACUCUUACAACUAUGCCUUGGUUAGCAGCCCUGCUUCCAAGCAACCAAUAUCUAAAACUGGAAUGCUAACACCUGGAGGUGAAGGAGGUGGUCUAAUCUGUCCAUCCCAGACCAGUUCAGGCCUCUCCAUGAGCUCAGGGUCACAUUCCAGCUCUUUCACCUCCAUCUCAGAACCAUGUGGACACCGGGUGUAUACAGUGUCCUCACAGGGGGGUGGUGUUCCUGGAGGUAAACGGAAUGAUACUGAGGGGGCAGCUUCCACUGCAUGCACAGGAAAUAACAAAAGUGAGCAGGAGAAGAGAUCAGCCAGAUCCAAUGUCUUUAGGUUCCGUGAACGUUCACUUUCAACACCAACAGACUCUGGAUCAUUUUGCUCAGCAGAUAAUAUAUGUUCUCCAGGUGAAGCUGUCCCUGUUGUUCCAGAGGGAGAGGGUUAUGCCCUGUUAUAUCCGAGCAACAGCUCAGAGGAUAGCACGAGCACUGAUAACGUUUCUGUGACCACAGGUUCAGACUUUCUUCCGGAUGGUCGACUGAGGUCACGCUCACGUAGUAUCUCACUAAAGAAAUCUAAGAAAAAGCCACCACCUCCAGUUCGUAGUGUUUCCCUGAUGAAGAACCUAUCAGAGAUUGGAGGAAUGGGCUCCUACCACAGUGAAGGGCACUUCAGAGAUGGCAGACCCAAAAGUCUCUUUAUCCCUCGGGAUCACCAUAUUCAAGAUUCAUUCCAGCCAGAGUUCCUAAUUGUCAAGCCUGAGGACGACACAGAUCAGGCCCACAGUAGCUUGGAGACAUCUUCUGAUAUUUCUCAGCCUGCUGACAGGGAUACAGAGCUUGGUUUUCCACCUCACUGGCAGCUCAACGAGUGGAAGUCCAACAAUGAUCCCUACCGCUCACUGUCGGGUUCAAGCACAGCCACAGGUACCACAGUGAUUGAGUGCAUGAAGGUGCGAGGUAGCUCAGAAUCCCUAAAUUCACCCUCAACCUCACGAGCCACAUCUCCAUCCCUGCUCUCCAUUGAGGCUGAGACCAAGGUAUCCCCCUUCAAGCCCCCAUGUCUCAUGUCCCCAUCCAGUGGCUACUCAAGCCAGUCUGAAACUCCAACCCCAACUAUAUCAAACACCCUCAUCACUGGACCUUCUCCAGUUGGCUGCAAGAUGCGCCCAAAGAUUCCAGAACGUAAAUCUUCCCUCCCAGCUUCUGCAAAGGAUAAAUCACGUUCACGUCUUUCAUUUGAACUACCUGCAAACUCUCAACUGGAUCUGUCCUCUGUCAAACCCAAGCCGAAAGCCAGCCGACGCCACUCUGACACAUCUACAGCCAACAAACCAGGUAAACUGAGCCCUAGUCAGUCUUCGCUGCCUAUGGUUACAACAACAGACUUGCGAAACAUCCGACUUCGUUCAGUAAGCCGCUCAGAACUUGAGGACAGUCCUGAUGGCUCUUCUGACAUUAUAGAGGAAGAGCAAAGUCGAGAUCUCAGCCCUCCUAUUACUCCCUCGAACACAAAACAGUCAAAGCCACCAGUUGCAAUGAAGCCGCCUCUACCUAAACGACCCAUGAACUUGAUGCUUAAAUCUCCUUCAUCCUCCCCUCUGGCACCUGAAUCUCCUCCAUCUUCCCCUGUGGACCGACCCAUGCCUGUGGGUAACAUCUAUAUGGUUGUAAGAAAGCCCAAACCUAAGAGACCAGCUCAGUCAUCACUCAGCACAUCUGCAAUAGCCCCACAAGAGCCACUCCACAGCCAUGUACCUCCUUUCCCUGAGUUUGAUCUGGAGCAUGGGAUUCCUAUUGAAGAAGAUCUUCCAUCCCCAAGUAGCCCAGAGAGAGAGGACAAAAGUAAGACUCUUCCAAGUAGAAUGACAAUAUCCUGUUUAGCGGAAUUAGACAAAAGGAAGCCCAAGGUACCUCCUCCGGUGCCGAAAAAACCCAAUGUCCUUCUUCUGCCCUCUCCAAGCAUCCAGACCAAUGGUGGGGCAGAAAGGCAAACUCUACUCUCCGACAGCAUCUCCCAGUCACCUACAGGUCCAUCAGCAUCUGACACUGAGGGUGAUUUGCUUAAAGAUGAAGAUCAAGAUGAUCUUGCAAGGGAUCAUGGAAACCAUAAAAAUUCAGAAAGUUUUGAGACCUUUGGAAAUCAAGAGAAUGAUGUGGUAGCUGAAGAAGACAGUUCAAAAGAUUCAGAUUCUCAUCAAAUGACAGAAAGAGAGGCACCUCCAGCAGAGACAGUAGCAGAAACUUAUGCGGAAACAGAAAUACUGGAAGAGAACAACUCUGCAGUUGACAAGACUGAACUGCACAUUACAGAGGAAACAGACGAUGAUGUUUUUGUCCACACACCCACAACUCACACCACUGAGGACCUCUUUACCAUCAUACACAGGUCAAAGAGGAAAGUUCUCGGUCGCAAGGAACCAACGGAUUCUUUUGGAAGCAGGCAGUGUCUGGUCUCACCUGUGAAAAGCAGUAGUACAGACCUCCGAACUCUGGGCCUCGGGACCACUCCUAGGUCAAGCUCACGAAAUGAGAACUUUAUGGCUCUUCUCCAGAAGAGAAGCAGCAAAGCUAGCAGCGGGACCCGAGUUUCUGCCAUGGAGUUGCUGAAGAGCACAAACCCCUUGGCACGACGAGUCACUGAGUUCUCUCAGUCACAGCCAGAUGGGAGUGCAACGAACACACCAAAACCAGCUCCACAGGACCAGUGAUUCCGCUUGUAGAGAACCACAUGCUGGAUAUCAAUAUGGCUGGUUUUCUGUUACACUCCACUGCCCAUCUAAAUGGUUUAAUUUACAAAGACCUCAUGCUGAAGGAAAUUAAGUGGGUUUGAGUUGUUGCUUUAAGACAAGGGGAUCUCACUCUGAUGAUGUAAGAUUUUUGCGGAGUAUAGUCGGUAUUAAUGGAAACUGAGCCCACCACUGAUAAAAAAUUCUGGCAUAGAAAUCUGUUAUUCUGGAAAUAUGAAUGUGAUGAUAAAACUCUUGAAUGGAAACUGACAUCAAGAAAUAUUUUCAGACUGUUCACUAUUUUAGGAGCCCAGCCUAUAUUUGUGGCCAAAGCCUGCUCUGCCCACUUCAGUGGUGGACUAGAAAGUGUCUUAGUAGGAUAAUUGUGUUUUAAUAGACCGCACAAACUCGCACAGAGAGAGGAGUGUAUGACACAAGUCGGAAACAUUCCACAAAGGUUGUAAGCAAGGUCUGGUACCCCUUAAAAUGAAGCACUUUCAACAGUACAGGAACUAGUUUACAAGACAAAAGCUAUAUUUGUUAUUUUCCAUUGUUUCUUUUUCGUUUUAUUUUUUCAAAAAAAUAUGAAAGGCCAUAUAAAUCUCUUCUUGAGUUUAUUUAAUCUGUAAAAAAAACUAUGUAUACGAUAUAUAUAUAUAUAUAUAUAUAUAUAUAUAUAUAUAUAAGAAAAUGUAACUGCUUGAUCAAAGACACAACAGACACAAAGCUGUCUAUAUCUGUGACUAUUCUUGGGAAACUGCCUAUUAUUUUAUAAGCUCACAGCACACAAGGGAUUGAAGUGAUCAUAUUGAACCAUCAUAAUGCAAUACCCUAUCAGAGAAACCCACAUCUAGAGAUCUUCCCACACUGCCAAAAGUGUAAACAGACAGCACAUAGUUAUGCUUGUGCACAAUGUACAACAAAUCAAAAUUGUCAUAGACAAAACAUACCUUUGAAAAGAAAAUUUGUGGACGGUACAUGAGGGAAUAGCAUGGGGGGGGGGGGACAUUAGACUACAGAAGAUGGUCCAGUAAGUGUUACCAGAGGGUCAUUGGUUUGGUUCUGGUUGUCCAUUGUGUAAAUCUGUCAGUGGUUUCUUUGCAACUCGGGAAACCCAUCAUGGCUACUGGUCCAAGUGUAUAAUCUCUCAGAGAUUUCACUCGACUACACACAAAGUAUCAGGCAGAAGAUUUACUGAGGCCUAUGGAUGGUAAAAAGAUGACCGAAUUCAUAUCUCUCCACAUUCUUUCCUGAAAAACCAGACACUUAUGACCACAAUUCCAGAUCAUCUCUCAAGACAUAGGAACAUUCAAAUCCAAAUGCAAAGCUUCUCACUUUAUGUCCCAUUUCAGACUAUGCAUCAAAGAUGAAUCAGACUUGCCCUUCUGUCAGCACUGGCAAUGAACGCCUGUGAGCGUUAAGAAAGGGUGAGGCAGAGCUCAACAGUGUUAUGUUUAGAUUCGAUUUUUGACCAAAAAGGACAUAAUAGAAAAGUAAUUUUUUAAUGGUUGCCCUCCACGAAACGUCAAGACCGGAUUGUAGAUCGACAUUUGAAUGCACAAAGACUUUGUAGACUUUGAUCAAAUGUGGUAAUUCACUCAAGGACUUGAACAGGUCACCUGUGGUAAACUGAUCGUCAUCCUACAUUAAGGGAAUUUUGGAGGCUACUGCAGACGGAGGGUCUACAGCAGGCAGCCGCAGAGACUGAGACUUCAGAGACGGCUUCUUCUUACCAUUCCUUACGAAGCUCCCCUUCCUCAUGUGACUGUUCUUUUGGCUCCCAAUCAGACAAUGGACAGAAACCUGGUGCUAUUGAGCCGGAGCGCCCUCAGCAGUCCAGGAGAGGAAGUGCUUGGCAAAAAUCUGUUCUAAGUCUGGAACAAGAUCAAAAUGGGUCUUGUCUUGACGUUCAUCUUCUCAGACUAGUCGUUCAGGUAUUCCGACAAUAUGAAAAGCAUAACGUGAAAAAAGAGACAGAAUACCACCACAUUAAAAUAGUGUGUGACACUUGUUUUAAAUAUUUAGUGAAUGAAAAAAAGUCUGACAACCAGUGUUUAUUUGCCUUGUACUCUGGCGUGAAGCCUCUGUGUUUUUAAAUGCCUUGGUAUUGCACUUCCGUAGAAGUAUGCAGAGUUUCUUUUACUCUUUUUAGGAUUUACUACUAUAAUAUUUAUCACUACUCUUGUGUACUCUGUGCUUAACCCUAUCAGUGUCAACAGUACUCUCACAGGUACAAGUAAAAGAGAGAGGGAGGACAGUGGAAAGCGAUGGUAUUAUGGGCAAAACAAAUGGAACUCAAGAAAUGUACCUUAGUGGACUGUUAGAAGCCUUGUGCAUCAAUAAUGUAAAUCCCAGAGAGGGGAGACAAGUAUCCAUUGGAGAGACAUAUAUAUUCUAAUCACAUUAGAAGUGUUUGACAAACUGAUCCAAAAAAACAAUUCCUCCCUAGAGUUUCACUGGCUUCACUCAAGCCGUUUUUUUCUUUCCUCACAUAGCCGAUAGGGAUUCAUUCUGAAUCCCAUUUCAGUACACAGAAGAGAGUCAAAUGUGCCAACUAAGGGAGAAAAAAGGGAGUCCGGAACAAGUUUGUUAACAACCAUCUGGUUGCUGUCAAGAGUAACCAACGACUUUUAAUCAAUUCUUGACACCACAAGCUGACAACUCCCUGCAUUACACACAAGACUUCAGUUUUUGUCGCAUUUUACAUGCAUGAUAAGACUGAGUUUAGUAGUCCGGCACAAAGGUCCUUUGACAGAUUGCCAGAAUGGAAAAAGCUUUAAAAUGUUCAGAUUGCCCUUGUUCAUUGGGAAUAAAAGAAAGACAGGGUGGGAAGGCAAGAUAAUAAUGAGAAUUAUAUUUUUGUUAUUUUUUCCUUGGAAAGACAUAUUUUAAAAUUUGCAUAUUAUAGACCUCACCCUCCAGCAGAAAAGACGGUUGCUGUGGGAUCUCUAAUCAUCUGAAGUAUGUCUUGCCUAUGUGGUAAAAGGUAUAUCAUUAAAAUAAAUUAUUUUUCUUGCAUAACA